AUGGUCUGGGAUUGCUUCUUGUAUAAACAAAAUGCAGGAAGAAAAUGUAUAAUACUACAUUCCGAAACAUUAGCUGAAACAUUCACAGAUAUUUUGCCGGAGGUUGAAGAUGCAGAAACCAUAAUUAAGCUUACUGAGGAGAUGGACUCCAUUGAUACAGGGCUUCUUGAAGAAGCCGCUAGUAUCAUUAGAGUAUUGAACAAGGCAUUGGAUCAGUUUGAGUUAACUCAGCUACUUUCUGGCCCCUAUGAUAAAGAAGGCGCUAUUAUUUCUAUCACAGCAGGUGCUGGUGGUACUGAUGCACAGCAAGAUUGUUGUCUUUACCCAAAUGUCAUUCUGAUGGAUGAUCCUAUGGAGCCGUUUGAAGUAUUCAACCAAGUAACUGGCUAA